AUGAGAGCAGCAGGCCCAGCCAGAAGUGGUACCAUGUCUGAAUGGAGGUUCCUCAGCUGGGUCAGCAUUCUGCUGACCAUCCUCCUAGAUCUAACACACCAGGGACCUCAUGGCUCUGCCUCAUCAAGCAGCAAGUUGUUGAUGAUGAGCUACUCCAUACGUUCCACCGUGGUGUCUCGUUAUGCACACACUUUGGUCACCUCUGUCCUCUUCAAUCCACAUGAUGAAGCUCAUGAAGCCACUUUUGACCUGAAUCUACCCCGCAUUGCCUUUAUCUCUAAUUUCACAAUGACCAUCGACGAUAAAAUCUAUGUUGCAGAAAUCAAGGAAAAACAACAGGCAAAGAAAAUGUAUGAGAAAGCCUAUCACCAAGGAAAGACAGCUGCUCAUGUGGGCAUCAGGGACCGGGAAUCAGAAAACUUUCGAAUCUCCACUAUGCUGGCAGCAGGCACAAAGGCAACUUUUGCCCUGGCCUAUGAAGAACUGCUACAGCGACACCAGGGCCGGUACCAGUUGGUGGUAAGCCUGAGGCCUGGACAGUUGGUGAGGAAGCUGAAUGUAGAAAUCACUGUGUCCGAAAGGACAGGCAUCACCUAUGUGCACAUACCUCCUCUGAGAACCAGCCAAGUGUGCACCAACAACCAAACAAGAAACACAGAAUUCAGUACCACACCCUACGGGAGCCUAGUGCAACAGGCUUGGGUCUAUGGUGGCUAUUUUAUUCAUUACUUUGCCCCCAGAGGCCUCCAGCCACUAGAGAAGAAUGUGGUGUUUGUUAUUGACGUGAGCGGCUCUAUGUUUGGAACUAAGUUGCAACAGACUAAAAAGGCCAUGGAUACGAUCCUCAGUGAUCUUCAAGCCAGUGACUCCUUCAACAUCAUUACCUUUUCUGACACAGUUAACAUCUGGAAAAAUGAAGGCUCAAUCCAGGCCACUGUCCAGAAUAUCCAUAGUGCCAAAAACUACGUGAGUCGCAUGGAAGCAGAUGGCUGGACGGACAUCAAUGCAGCUCUGCUGGCAGCUGCUUCAGUGCUGAACCAUAGCAACCAGGAGCCUGGAAAGGGCCGUGGUGUGGGGCAGAUUCCUCUUAUCAUGUUCCUGACAGAUGGGGAGCCCACAGCCGGUGAGACAACUCCCAGUGUGAUUCUUUCAAACAUCCGUCAGGCACUGGCCCACAGGGUAUCUCUUUUCAGCUUGGCCUUUGGAGAUGAUGCUGACUUCUCACUGCUGCGUCGUUUGUCCCUGGAGAACCAGGGAGAAGCAAGACGCAUAUAUGAGGAUGCUGAUGCAGCCCUGCAACUAGAGGGUCUCUAUGCAGAGAUUUCCAGGCCUCUCCUGGCAGACGUGCACUUAGACUACCUGGGUGGCUGGGUUGGGGCUUCCUCUAGGGCCCAUUUCCCUAACUAUUUUCAUGGCUCAGAGCUGGUGGUGGCUGGCAACGUGCAGCCAGGUGAGCAGGAACUGGGCAUCCACUUGGCAGCCCGUGGUCCAAAUGGUCAUCUCCUUGUGGCCCACCAUAGUGAAAAAGCCAGCAACAGUAGCCAGAAAGCCUUUGGUUGCCCCGGGAAACCUGCCCUCAAUGUGACCCACUUUAUCCGCCGCCUGUGGGCCUAUGUCACUAUUGGUGAGCUGCUGAAGGCACGCUUCCAAGCCAGGGACACCACAACUCGCCGUCUGUUGGCUGCCAAAGCCCUCAACCUAUCCCUUGAAUACAACUUUGUCACAGCUCUGACUUCACUGGUUGUGGUGCACCUCGAGAAGACCAAUGAGGAAGCCAUGACCCAGCCAUCCACUACAGCCAAGACAAGCACAGUCACACCCUCAUCCAGCAACAGGCUUGGACUAGGAACAGGCACAGCUCAGCCAGCCUCAGUGUUCAAGGUCUUUUCCAAAUCAAGACCCACAAAACCAACCUCAACUAUUAUUGCUCCUACAAUGAAGGUGACCAGUUCCAAGGAGCUAGGGGCACUGGGUUGGUGGUCUAAUAGCCUAACAACUUCAGUACAACCAAAACCCCAAAUUCCAGGCCAAGAUUCCAGCACCUUGGCACUGCCAACUUUGAAGAUGAAACCUCUUGCCCAUGUGCCUUCAAAUUCUUUUCCUCGGAAGCCCAGUACUUCAACACACCAGAAUCCUGGCAUCACAUCACUGGUUAAUUCUGGGACAUAUAUCCUGCCAUUGAAUCCUGUGAGCCCUUCCCAGCCCAAAGGUGGCACCAUGAAACAUUUUAUUUCAUUUACUCCUUUCAAACUCCCUGCUUCAUCAGAUGCCCACCCUACACCAGAUACCCCAUCAUACUCUCAACCUGUAUCACAGGAACCUAUAUCACAGUCAUCCCAAAGUGUGCCACAGCUCAAAUCUAUCUCCACAUUUCAGAUACCCAAACACCCAUUACACCUCAGCUCCAAAGAUCUUGCUCCCAAGACUUCCCCAAAUUUACCACACUCUAAACCAGGGAAUGUCUUACCCAAGUCUCCUAAAAUCCCUUCAUCUCAUGAACCUAGUGUCUCAUCUCACCAAACUUCUCCUAGCCUACUUUCCAAGUCCAGAACAUCAACUCCCUAUAGCACCCAAAUCCCACUGCCUGCUAGACCCAGGCCACUAGUUCCUCAGAGCCUCAGCACAUUCUCAAAUACACUCUCAAGUUCCACAAGUCCCAGCAGCACUGUGGCUACCUCUAUUCCUGGGGAGCCUCUCCCUUCUCCCUUUACCCCUACUCUGACCUCUCUGCUGCCCACUGCAAGACGCUGGCAUCAGCAAGACCUGCUGCUAGAACCCAAGAGCACCAGGCAAGUUCUGGGACCAUCUCUGCCAGGGAUUCCAAUAAUGGCCCAACCCAACAGCUUUACUCCUAUGCCAUAAGUGGCUCCCCUACACCUCCCAAUCUUGCUGCCUUCCAGCACUCUCCCAGAAGCCAUCAGUCUUCACCUUCUCCCAGAGAAACUCCACCUGCUGUCAGAGUCAGUGGAAGAGUCCAAAUUCGUGGAGUCCUUGAACCCACCAGUCUUCUAUACCUUCCUCACUCCUGACAAAGAUGGAAGUCCACACUGGAAUGGCAAUUCUGAGAGAACUCUGGGAUUUGCUGAACAUGACAUGAACUCUGAGGAAAGUUCUAAGGAGCUGGUAAAAGGCACAUGGCCAGGCAUCUUCAUCUUCUCAUCCUCUGUGGAUGGAGACCCCCACUUUGUGAUUCACAUUCCUCACUCAGACGAGAAGAUCUGCUUCACAUUGGAUGGUCGCCCAGGGGACCUCUUGAAGCUCAUAGAUGACCCUAAGGCAGGGCUGCAUGUAAGUGGGCAGUUGCUUGGAGCACCAUCAAGACCAAGUCAUAAGGACCAGACCCGGACAUACUUUCAUAUCAUCACAAUCACUUCAGAUAAACCCCGGGCCUACAACAUUACAAUAAGUCGAAGUUCUAUAUCUGUGCAAGGUGAGAGCACCUUGAGCUUAUCCUGGAACCAACCUGCCCUGGUGAAGAAGCCCCAGCUUGAGCUCCGUGUGGCUUCUGCAGCCCUUCUCACCCUCCGCCUUGGGCCCCAUCUCAACUUCUUCAUCCUUCGUCACCAGUACAGACACCCCAGCACACUACAGCUACCCCAUUUGGGGUUCUAUGUGGCCAAUGGCUCAGGCCUCAGCCCCUCAGCCCGUGGCCUGAUGGGACAGUUUCAAUACACAGACAUCCGGCUGGUAACAGGACCUGCUGGAUCUUAUUUACAGAAGCACCAUGGCCUGGACGUGCCAGUGGUACUAGGCAAGAGGCUGCUGAAAGAAUCACCAAGGGUGCUUCCCCGCUGGACUUCAUGCUGGCUCGUGAAGCGCUCUCAUGUGGAAAGGCUGCUGGGUCAGCCCUACCUUGCCUAUGUUCUGUGA